AUGUCCAGCCAGUUUUCUUUCUUCCUUCUCAUACUUACCUUCUCAUUUGCCACUAAUUAUGCUGAAGUUGCAAAUUUUACUCUUUAUUCUUUUGUAUUUAAUCACAUGACUGUACAUAACAUCACUGGUGACAUAUACAUUGGUGGUGUUGAUUACAUCUACAGGUUGGAUGAAGAUUUACAACUCAUCUAUAAUAUAACAACUAAACCUGAUGAUGGAACUGAUAACUAUAAUAAGGUAUUAUCAAUUAACUAUGACGACAAUAAUCUGGUAACAUGUGGCAGUGACAAUGGACAUUGUCAGAUAAGAAACUUGGGUGAUUUAUCAGUGUUGGGUGACAGUAAUGUAUAUGUUGCUGCACCUACUGUGGAAGACUCUACUGUGGGAUUUGUAGCACCUGGUUAUGAUGAUAAACCUAUGUUGUAUGUUGGUACAUCAAGAAGAGGAUAUACUAAUUAUGGGGGUGAAGUUGUGAGUGGAAGAAAACUCAAAGAUAACCUUUUUAGUACAGUUGUUCAACACAAUAGUGAAACUGCAGUAAAUAUAGAUAACGCUUUUCUUUCUGGACCAGGCUUUUUGAAGUACAUUACAGGUUUUGGCUAUGAAGGAUUUAGUUACUUUUUGACUGUACAAAAAUUCGGUAUGUCUGAUAAUCCAUACAUAUCUAGAAUUGUACGUGUAUGCCAAGAAAGGAAUGACUACCACUAUGACUCUUACACUGAAGUAACCUUACAGUGUAAUGGCCAUGAUGAUGUGUCAUAUAAUCUACUACAAGCAGCCCAUGUCAUGAGACCAGCAUCAGAUCUAGCUACAUCACUAUCAUUGGAGGAUGGUGAACAAGUUCUAUUUGCUGUGUUUGCCAGAGGAGAAACACCACAGGAUUUAAUACCAUUACAACAAUCUACAGUGUGUAUGUAUAAAAUGUCAGAAAUUCAACAAGCCUUCACUAAUGCUAUAUCUGGAUGUAUUAAUCAGGGUGGUGAUGAAUAUGAAUUAGAAUAUAUAUCAGGAUCAGUAUGUCUUAAAUCUGGAAAUACUAUAAUUAUACCG